CACACACAUACGCGCACACGCACACACACAAACAAACACACGCACAAACAAACACACACACACAUACGCGCACACGCACAAAUAAACAAGCACACACACACACAGCACAAACAAGCACGUCGACUUGGGACGAUGGAUCCUGCCGUGAGUGUGGCGUAUGAGCGCGAUGCGCUGAAGCAACGGAGCGUCGCGCUGACCGGGGAUCCGAGCACUGGGCCGAACAGUGAAGAUUGGUUGAAGCGCACGGGAUCGCGUGCUCAACUCUGGGCAGCGGGUUACACUGGCAGUGACUUUCGCAAACCCAUUAUCACUGUUGCUGCACCGUACAUGAGCAUCCACAUGUGCAAUCAACUCUUCCGACAGCUCGCCGACACCGUGGGAGAGGCUGUUGAGGCCGCUGGGAUGAAGGCAUUUGUAUCCCAUCAGCCAGUCAUCUCAGACGGGCAAACCAUGGGCUCGCAAGGCAUGCGGUACUCCCUGCCGAGCAGGGACUUGAUUGCAGACUGCGUCGAGACCAUGCAUGAGGGCUAUUCUGCUGAUGCGAUGAUUACGCUUGCUGGGUGCGACAAGACAAACCCUGGUGUGCUGAUGCCCAUCGCACGCGACAACCACAUUGGCAUCACUUUGUACGGUGGCACGGCACACAGCGGCAUGCUACAUGACACAAAGCUCUCCCCAGCUUCCCCCUUUGAAGCCGUUGGCAAGUUCUCCAAGGGCAUGGUUGACAUUGAGGAGCUGACGGCUGUUGAGUGCUCGUCGUGUCCCGGCUCGGGCACCUGCAGCGGUAUGUUCACAGCCAACACUAUGUCCACGUGCAUUGAAGCGCUGGGGAUGGCCCUUCCUGGCACAUCCACUACUCCCGCUGUCAAGCCCGGUACACGCCACGAUAUCAACCCUGCUGUUAUCAACAACUGCCAGCGCGCUGCCAAGGCACUCACCUACCUGAUGCAGCACAACAUCCGUGCACGCGACAUCAUGACACGAAAGGCGUUUGAGAACGCGAUUACAGUGCUGAUGGCUCUUGGUGGGUCCACCAAUGGCGUCCUUCAUCUCCUCGCGCUCGCAAGAGAGGCAGAGGUUGAUUUGACCAUUGACGACUUCAACACCAUUGCGUAUCGAGUGCCACUCAUUGCAAACCUCACGCCAGAGGGCAAAUACAAUGUGGUUGAUCUUGACGCCAUUGGCGGCCUGCCGCCCGUAAUGCGCGUACUGCUGGACGCUGGUCUGCUGCACGGUGAUUGUCUCACCGUCACGGGCAAAACGGUCGCUGAAAACCUUCGCGGUGUCACCGCUCCACGCGAGGACCAACACAUCAUCUCGCCAAUCGACCGCCCCUUUGCUCCGCCAGGACAGCACAUUGUCGUCAUGAGGGGGUCGUUGUGUCCUGGCGGGAGCGUGAUCAAGCUGAGCGGAAAGGACUUGCGGCGGUUUGAGGGUCCUGCGCGCUGCUUUGAUGACGAGCGGGAGGCGUUGCAGGCCAUUGUCCAGGGCAAAAUCAACAAGGGCGACGCUCUCAUCAUCAGAUAUCAAGGCCCAGAGGGCGCACCCGGCAUGCCAGAGAUGCUGUCACCUGGUGGUGCACUUGUUGGGCAGGGUCUCGGCAGCCACGUGCCACUCAUCACAGACGGGCGCUUUUCAGGUGCGAGCCACGGCAUCAUGAUUGGCCAUGUGGUGCCCGAAGCUGCGCGGGGCGGACCCAUUGCACUCGUGCAGGAUGGUGACGUCGUCACAUACGACCUCGACAAGUGCUCCCUGGACAUUCACGUCUCUGCGGAGGAGCUUGCUGCGCGCCGUGAUGCGUGGAAGAAGCCGCCAGCUGCCGUGUCGCCGCGGUCGUGGCUGGGCAGAUAUGCAAAGCAUGUGUCCGACGCUUCGCACGGGGCUGUGCUUGACUGACGGCUGUCGUCCGCUACUGUCCGCGCAUGCAUCCGUGAUCUCCCAUCACCAAACAAAUAAUGUACACGCAGACAUACGCAGAGACGCACACACAUACACAAACAAACAUGUACACACACGUGCAAACACACAAACAAGCACACACACGCGCGCACAUGGGCUUUCUUGUCAUCGUUUGGAUAUAUUGGUGUUGGUUGCUGAUUAACAAACAAAAAUGAGCAAGCAAGCAACAAGUUAAUAACAGUACAAGAC